AUGUCAGUUUUGUUAGAGACGUCAUUAGGAAAUGUUGUGAUUGAUUUGUACACUGAAGAACGUCCAAGAUGUUCGCUUAAUUUUCUUAAAUUGUGUAAAGUUUUCUACUACAAUGGAUGCUUGUUUCACAGCGUUCAGCGUAAUUUAGUUGCUCAGACUGGAGAUCCUUCAGGCACUGGGCGUGGUGGCAGCUCUAUCUUUGAACAGCUCUACGGAGAACAAGCUCGUUUCUUUGAAUGUGAAGUUUUGCCGAAAAUAUACCACAAGAAGCGUGGUUUGGUUUCUAUGGUUAAUAAUGGCAGUGGUCAACACGGAUCACAAUUCUUUAUAACUCUCGCUGAUGAUCUCGAUUAUCUCAACAAUAAACACAGUGUUUUUGGCACUGUAGCAGAAGGCGAGGAAUUUUUGUCCAAAAUUAACGAUGCUUAUUGUGACAAAGAGUCACGCCCCUAUCGCAAUAUUCGUAUUCAUCGGGCAAUCAUUCUAGAUGAUCCAUUUCCAGAUCCGGAUGGUCUUGAAGUUCCGCCUUCUUCUCCGAAAUUCUUUAGGUCUUACGAGGACCCAGAUGGUAUGGCUCCUCCUCGGAUUGAAGAAGAUGAGGAUCUUGAUGGGGAAGCAGAUGGGAGAGAAUUGACGGAAUCUGAGCGAGCUGAGCGUGAGGCAAUGAAAGAAGCACGAACAAACGCUCAGCUGUUGACCCUUCUUGGUGACCUACCUGACGUGGACGCCAAACCUCCCGAAAAUGUGCUGUUUGUGUGUCGUCUCAAUCCUGUUACUCGUGGUGAAGACUUGGAAGUAAUUUUUAGUCGCUUUGGUGAAAUUCUAUCCUCUGAAGUGAUUUAUGACCGGCGGUCGGGCAAUUCACUGCAGUACGCUUUCAUUGAAUUUGCCCGGAAGGAAGACUGUGAGGAGGCUUUCUUCAAAAUGGAUAACGUCGUUAUUGACGACCGCCGCAUCCACGUCGAUUUUAGCCAAUCAGUGGCGAAAGAAUGGUUUCGCUAUCGUCGUGAAAAGCAACAUGCCUUACCACGACCGUCGCCUCAACGACGGCGUCGGCUACGAAGCUCACCACUAUCGUCGUCGAGAUCUCGCAGCAAACGACGAGAGCGCACUCCAAAAAACGACGAUAAAGAACUUGUUAGAACUACUCCAGAGCGGCAGGAUAUGGAAUACCUUCUCUCAGAUCAAGAGGAAUCUGACUCCGUAUCAUCCCCUAAGUCACCCAAAAGGAAGAAGUACGCAAAGCACCGUAAGUAUGGAUGCGGUGUGCAUUAA